UGCUCGGCCUCCGUACUGUUCGCUCUCGUGUGCACAGCGAAGCAUAGACAAUCCGCUAUCGCGUUCUAGUGGCCGUAAUGUGUUCGACUGUUAUGCGGUAUGGUUGAGGAUGUGUCGGACGGUCCGGUGAGGUAUUGUGGAACUGAGGUGUUGAUGGAUGUGGACGGGUGGUCCGGCUCGAGGAUGGUGGCGGAGGAGAGCAAGACCCGCGCGACGGACUUCUCGAUAGCCGCCAUCAUGGCCCGCAGCGCGGAGCAGCCGCGCAGCCCAGUUGCCGUCGCGCGAUCGCCAACCUUCAUCGAUCCCGUAUCCAGACAAAGUUCGCCAGCGUCAAUCAGCUCGGCUGCAUCAAGCCGGUCGCCAGUACCUGAUGAGGAUGUGGAAGUCGACGUGGAACAGUGCUCCGACGGCGAGAGAGAAGCUUCCGACCACGCUAUACCUUCCCCUGCACCGUCUUCAGAACUAGGUGAAAGAGACACACCGUCUCCAGCUCGCCCCUUGGCCCCACCAGUGACGUCGUGUAACUGUGAGGAGCUAUUGUCUGUGGACUGCCAGCUGGAGACCAAGGAACUGUGGGAUAAGUUUCACGACUUGGGCACAGAAAUGAUCAUUACAAAGACGGGGAGGCGCAUGUUCCCGACGGUGCGCGUGUCGUUCGGCGGGUGCCGCGCGGAGGCGCGCUACGCCGUGCUGCUGGACGUGGUGCCGGUGGACGGCAAGCGCUACCGCUACGCGUACCACCGCUCCUCGUGGCUGGUGGCCGGCAAGGCGGACCCGCCCGCGCCCGCGCGCCUCUACCCGCACCCCGACUCGCCCUUCUCCGGCGACCAGCUGCGCAAGCAGGUCGUCUCCUUCGAGAAGGUCAAGCUCACCAACAACGAGAUGGACAAGAAUGGACAGAUCGUUCUGAACUCAAUGCACCGGUACCAACCACGGAUCCACCUGGUGAAGAUUAGAGAAGGAGGCGGGCCCAUCACAGACCUCUCCAGAGAACAACACCGAACCUUCAUCUUUCCUGAAACAGUAUUCACGGCUGUCACAGCGUAUCAGAAUCAAUUGAUAACGAAGCUGAAAAUUGACUCCAAUCCUUUCGCGAAAGGCUUUCGAGAUUCUUCGAGGCUUACAGAUUUUGAUCGAGAUCCAAUGGAGCUGAUGCUAAUGGAGCAACAGUUACUGCGGUCACCACUACGCCUGUACGCUGGCGGUGGCGGGGCCAGCGAAGAGGAAGAGAAGCGAGCGGCCUGGGCACGCACCCCACCAGCAUUGCAACUUUUGGCCCUCGGUGGCCGAGCUUGGCCCACAGCCUGGCCGCAACCUCUUAGCCUCCCACCAGACCUCUGGCUGCAGAAGCCCCCGGCACCACUGCGCUACUGCCCCUACCCUCCCCCCGCACACCCCUCCGCGCAAUCCUCCAGACCCGAACACACCCCCUCACCGAGGCAUCCUCUGUAAAUACACACGACGUAGCUUAAGUCUUGUCAUACGAGAUUAUGAAAACGUUAAUAAUAUAUAAACGGUUAGAUUUACUCUAAAAUUUUAUUGUAUGAUGGUUCCUACCCGAAAAUAUUUUAUUUGUAUAGUUAGAUCGAUAAAGGCAAUAGUUACCUGCACAGAUUAUCACUAAAAUUACCUAUAUUAAUAUCUACUACGGGCCCGUUUACGGGAACGAAGUUUCAUUUUGUCUCCAUUGAAUAUAAAAUCGUGUAACCAAAGAUUUUUGUUAAAAUAAUAAAUGUGGAUACAACAAAAAAUGUACUUAUAAAACAUUCCAUUACAAAUUGCAAUUCCAUUGAAAAUAUUGUUUAAAUGCAGACAUAUUUGAAUUCCUAACAAUAUUUAUGUUAAGAAUACAUUAUUACAUAAUAUUUUUAAACUCUACAGUAUAUGAUAAAUAAUUAAACACAGAGUAUUUUGUUAAACUUUAUGUAUUUUGAUAUUUGUUUUUGUUGUAAAAUGUAGUAUUUCGGAAAUAGUUAUCCCGGUAAGUCAGUGAUACAAUUUGACACUAGUGUUAACGUGUGUAUAUUUAAGUAUAUUUAUAUUCCAUUAUAUAAGUUGUAUGUAUAGUGUAUGUAUAGUAGUUGAUUAAAUUAUUUUUCUAGAAUAAGCAAUGUAUAUAGGGGGUCACGUAGAAAAUUCUAUUUGAUAUAAAAUUUUAAACUGUAGAAUUGAAAUCAGUCGCGAAACUGCUCUAUACUUACCUUUUUAUAUAUUGAGUUUUUUUUAUGAAAAAAGUAUACGUUUUGAAAGAUUCCUAAAUACGUAUUUAUAAUUUGAAUUUAUUAAGUAUAAAUCGUUUGAGAGCGAAAAUAAAGAUAGAGAAUGAUUUAUAAUAUCGCGAGGGAGUAAAGAGGGGAGGGAAACAUACCCUCGAUUUGCGCGAUUGGAAAAAGUUAAGAAUAACUAAGCUUAAUUUCCAACAAGCACUUAAAAUUAUGAAUCAUUUUGUAUUCUUUUCAAUGCAAAUAUUUAUAUAAAUUGACAGUUCCUGUAAUUCUGUAUGUGCCGAAAUGUGAGCAGUCCGCGCGGUAGUACACAUAUCAGGGUACAUCCCUAAGUGUUAAUAAAUGAAACUA